CUUCGUCGUACAGAUAUGAUGAAAUAUAUAGAUCUAAUACAGACUUUUCGUAACAUUCGUGUCUUGUUGAUACCUAGUAAAACGGCAAGAUGUCAUUCCAAGCUAUCCUGCAUCGCAUCCUGGACUAUUUGAUGUCCUGGAUGCAUCCGAAAGUUCAAUGGGGUUGGAUGUCUUUCGUCCGCAAGACGGGCAAGUUUGAGCGGGAGAAGCAACCGCUGCUGAAGAAGUUGAAGCUCAUCCUUCUCUUCAACCCCCUCACGGAAUGGCUCGACACCACGCACGCCAUGAGACUCUACCUCCACGAGUCCGCUCUCAAGCAGGGCAAGAAAGAGGGCACCCCAGAGUCCAAGAAGCAGAUCAAGCAGUUCAUCGACACGUACGACAUCAACAUGGCCGACUUCGACCCGUCUGACCCGGAUCAGUACGCGACCUUUGAGGACUUCUUCACCCGCAAGCACAAGCCGGGCUCCCGCCCGGUCCACGAACCGGAGGACGCGGCCGGGGCGGUGGUGGUGGCCGACUCGCGGGUGGUGGCGUACGAGUCGGUCGCCGAGACGACGGCGCUGUGGAUCAAGGGCCACGACUUCAGCAUCACCAACCUGGUCAUGGACACGGACCUGGGCGCGCGCUUCGGCGAGGCCGCCGUGGCCAGCUUCCGGCUCUCGCCGCAGGACUAUCACCGCUACCACUCGCCCGUGACGGGCAGGGUCAAGAUGUUCCGAAGCGUGCCCGGCGACUACUACCAGGUCGACGCGGUCGCGCUGCAGAGCAAGGUGGACAUCCUGACGCGCAACCGGCGGCAGUAUGUGGUGAUCGAGACGGAGGCGUUUGGUGAUGUGUUGUUUGUGGCGAUCGGGGCUACGGAUGUCGGAUCUGUUGAGAUUCAUCAGCGCUUCCGAGAACCUGGCGCAACGAUCAAGAAGGGCGAGGAGUUAGGAAUCUUCCAGUUUGGCGGGUCGUCCAUCAUCGUUGCGUUUGGCAAGGGAAGAAUCGAAUUUGAUCGGGAUCUCGUGGAGCUGAGCAAGCAGCGGGUGCAGGUGGCGGUCGAGGUAGGAAUGAGCCUGGGGCGCGCUUCGAAGCGUUGAGUUUGAGUCUCGAUUCCAGAAGAUGAUUGCAAUACAUGCUUUUCUGGCGUUAUUUGGAUGGAAAAUGUUCUCGGAUCCGGCAAAGGAUCGAAAGCGACCUGGGACAAAAUCCAACUAUCAAGCCAAGUCGUCCCUGAACCCCCAGUGGAUUACCAUAUCUAGUGUGAUUGACAGCUGCACUGCAUGCAAAAACUUGCAUCAACGCCAGGUGUUCUAUCAUAUGGAACCAGAAGGUGCCGGAGACAGACAAUGAGGCGGGGAGAUUAGUGCUGAGGGAGCUGGUUUAGAUUGGGGGGGUCAUUAUGGCCAGUAGAUACCUGUUG